AUGAUAACGAAAAAAGGUAGGAUAAUAUCAGAUUUUAGCCCAAAUUUCAGGUUAUUUCGAAAUGGGCUCGGAAAAACUGGCUCAAAUUGUGUUGAAUGGGAUUGGUAACGGUGGAGAAGAAGAUCAGGGACGUUUGAAAGUUGACAGAGACUACAAAGUGGAAGGAACUAAAAUUUCGUUGUGAGUGUUUUACUUUUCGAUGUUUUGAUGUUUAGGCGGAUGUAAAACAUGGUGAAUAUGGUAUCAAAAGAAGCGGAAGAGUCAUACCUUUCUUUUGAAUGUAAAUUUGUAAAAAUAGAUACAUUAUUUUUCAUUUUAUAUCAAAUUUCCUAUAUUACACUAGGUGUUAACAUCGAAUCUAUAAAAUGUGCCAAAAAUACCAAAUUUUUAUCGCUUUAGCGCCAUAUCUUCAAUGGAUGAAACGAGUGUUCGUAAAACAUAUGAGAAUUUGUCAGAAUUAAUCGCACUUUCACUUCGGGUCGUGUCAGUGGGACAAAAGUACGGUGAUGUGUUGGACGAGCAGGAGGUAACGUUAGAAAAUGAUUAUUCCAAGCCGGUUUUAAUUGAAUAAACACUGUAAAUUAUCAAAGUAGGGUAAGAAGAGAUAGAAGAAGGUUUUUCAUAUGAUUUUGAAAAGGUAUUGAAGGGUGGUUUUGAUGAAUUUGAGGUUUUAUAUUGAUGUAGAGGUAAAAGGGCGAUUUGAAGAGAAAAACCCUGAGGACCGUAAAAAUUCUGUUUGAACUCCACUAACUUAACGAAAACUUUUAAAAAAUUGGAAAAAACGUUGAACUCCCGGCCUCCGGGCUCAAUUUUAACCUCGAAAUUGUAAAACGAUUAAUUAACCAUUCACAUUUAUAGUUUUACAACCGCGCACCCAUAUGUCUGCUGUAA